AGCUCCAAACGUCCUGCGGCCGCGGGACGGGACCUGGGACCCGCGCCCGGGAGGGUCAGCCGCUGCCGCCCCGCUGUUUGCGGAUCCUCCAGAUUUUAGGAGGAAAUUGGCACACAUCGGGGCCCUCGGUGGCGAGGUCCCGCGGAGACACUGCUGGGGAGAGAAUGGGAGGACGUCAGAGUUUUGGCGAAAAGGGUUGUGGGGCAAACCCCUCUGAUGGAGGAGAGCCGCGCCGAAGGGUUUCAGCUUCCUCUGUGGACCGUUCAGAGCGGGGGUGAAGCGAUCUGGGAUGGAUGGAGGGCGGGGGCCAGCUGCUGCCCCAGACGGCAGCCCCCGCGGCCCCACGGCUUCCAGACACAAUUAUAAAUACAAGCUGUUUUCCAUUCCUGUACAGUAAAAGAAAAAAAAAAUUCUCAAGCAGUUUUUUCCACAUCCACAAUCCCUAUUAUUAAUGCUUAUCUUUGUUUUGCUUUUGGUUUUUUAUUUUGUUUUUGAGAUGGGGAGGUGGUCUUGGGGCUCAAGUUAUCCUCAGCCUCCCUAGUAGCAGGAACUACAACCGGCAUGUGCCUCCAGGCCUGGCUCAAUUUAGCCAACUGGCAACCAUGAGUGAAUGGAUGAAGAAGAACCCCUUGGAAUGGGAAGACUACGUUUACAAAGAGGUCAGAGUGCUAGCCAGUGAAAAGAAAGAGUAUAAAGGAUGGCUUUUAACUACAGAUCCAGUCUCUGCCAAUAUUGUUCUCGUGAACUUCCUUGAAGAUGGCAACUUAUCUGUGACUGGAAUUAUGGGACAUUCUGUACAAACUGUGGAAAUUGUGAAUGAAGGGGACCAUAGAGUGAGAGAGAAACUGAUGCAUUUGUUCAUGUCUGGAGACUGCAAAGCUUAUAGCCCUGAAGAUCUGGAAAAGAGAAAGAAUAGCCUAAAGAAGUGGCUUGAGAAGAACCACAUCCCCAUCACUGAACAGGGAGAUUCACGAAGGACUCUCUGUGUGGCUGGGGUCUUGACCAUAGAUCCACCAUAUGGUCCAGAAAAUUGCAGCAGCUCUAAUGAGAUUAUUCUGUCCCGGGUUCAGGAUCUUAUUCAAGGACAUCUUGUAGCUUCCCCGUGAGAGGUCAAGAACUAUGGACACACUAAUUGAAAUCGACUUCAUUUUUUUGUUGUUGUGUCAUGGAAUGUUUUGAAUUUAAGUCCAUCAUAUUGUGAAACUUCAAAGGCAUAUGAGUGUUGUAUCCGUGUGUGUAUAAUUUAAUUUUUUGUUAUUUUGGCAAAAUCAAAAGUGAAUUAUGAGUGCUAAUUUCGUUGGGAAAUAUGAGAUUUUUUUUUUUUUUUUUUUUUUUUUUUUUUGCAGUGCUGGGGAUCGAACCAAGGGCCUUGUGCAUGCAAGGCAAGCACUCUACCAACUGAGCUAUCUCCCCAGCCCCUCAUUGGGAAAUAAAUGAACUAACUGGUAUAAGGAUAGCAUCAUCUGAAAUGAAAUUAGUAGAAAGAAGUCAGAAUUGUAACUUUUUUUUUUUUGGAUGGGGAUAUACUCCCUCCUCCAUUUUAUGCAGUACUGGUGAUCAAACUGGGUUUUAUAUAGCCCUAGCUCAAUAUGUCCCCACCCUCCUUUUAAGGCAAGAAAUGUAUUUGGAAAAGUAUAAUAUGGUAGAUUCAAUAUAAAGCCUUAAGAUGAAAUCACAGUUGCAAGUCCUUUUUACUAACUAAAUCAAUGUUUUCUUUGUUUUGGUACUGGGAAUUGAACCCAGGAACACUCACCACUCAGCUACAACUCUAGCCCUUUUUGAUUUUGGGUUAGGAUCUCCCUGAGUUGUCAAGUCUGACCUUGAACUUGCCAUUCUCUUGCUUCAGCCUCUUAAGUAGCUGGAAUUACUGGUGCACUCCACUAUGCCCAGCUAAUCAGUGUGUUUUUAAAGUGUUUGUCUCUUAUUUUGGUGUAAUGAUAGUUUUUUGAAUCAGUGUUAUGUUUUGAAUCUCGUUUGUUUCUCCCUAGGUUCAUGGGUUGGGAACUUGCUCAGGAUAGUGGUAUUGGGAGGUGAUGGAGCCAUAAGAGAUAGGGCUUAUGGAAGGUCCUCAGAUCAUUGGGGUUAUGCCCUCAGAAGGGAUUGUGGGACCCUUGUGUCUCUAACUUCCUGUUUGGUGAUGUAAGCUCUUCCACUGCCAUGAUGCAUCUGAGAAGGGGAAAGAGCAGGCAAGAGAGUAUACCAUCUCUCACCAAAAUAGCUAGUGUCAUGCCCUUGAACCUCAAAAAUGGAGCUAAACUUUUCUUCAUAAGCAGCAUGUUACAAAUAUCUCAUUAUAGUGAUAAAAAGUUAAUACAGAGUACAUCUUUUUUUUGACUGAAACUAAAGUUUUGGCUAUUUAGUAAAAUCUUAACAUGUAAGUUAACACUUUCAAAGCCUUUAAAGAAAGUAUUGGCUGCUAUCUCUGAGGAGAAAGUUGAGUGUGACAAGGUAGUCUGCCCUGAAUUCAGUCCAGUUCCUUUACUGCGAGUUCAGCCCAGUCUUCAGAACUGUGAUGUGUUUUGUCUGCAGUCCCUGUUCUCUGGGUCAGGCUUUGCUAAGGGAAGAGAAUGCAGGAGGUGUCCUUUACAUACAUUCCUAUUCCUUGGAAGCCAGUCAGGGGCCAUGACUCCAUAGACUAGAAAGGGGCAAGUCUAGAAUGGCUACGGUUCCACAUCAGAUUAGAACUGAAACCCCUGACAGGGAUUGGCAAAGUGGGCCGCAGCCAAACAGCCUGCUACUGCUACUUGUUAAAUAAACUUUUAUUGGAACACAGCAGUACUUAAUGGUUUAUGUGCUAUCUAUGGCUACUUUUAUGCCAUAAUGAUAGAGUUGAAUAGUGGAGACAGAAACUGCCUUAUAUUUACAGAAAAAUGUUUCUUUACAGAAAAUUUUUGUCCUAGGAGAUCCUUGAACUAGUCUGGUUUGCCAGGGGUUAGGGUGGACUUUCCAAGGCAGUUUUAACCAGGACAGACCCCUGAUGGUGACACAGGCUGAACUUCCACUUCUCCCUGGUCUGUAAGAGAUCCAACUGGGCAAACAGCUCACUCUCAGUUCUCUCAUGUUGUCAGUCCUUUUAUCAUUUAUACAAAGGGAGAAUUGGUACCUUUUGGAAGAAAUACUUUUAAAUACUUACGUUUGGCAUCUUUGAAUAUAAUCUGAUAACAGCUAAUUGCAUGGUUAUCUAAUGAGAUGUGGUAGCCCAGUGCUUCUUGUACUUUAGCAAGCGUCAUUGUCAGCUGGAGGAUUUGUUGACACAGAUAACUGGACCAACUAGAUCAGGGGGUCAGGAAUUCACAUUUCUGAGAAACUUGUAGAGAACGACAAUGUUCCCGACUACAGCACUUCAGAAACUUUAGGGGAACAGAAGUUCCCUUCCCGAAAACUUUUUAAGUUCAUGAUCCUGAAAACAAAAUUUAGUGCACAGUUUUUCUUCAUGUUGAAACCCCAGGAUGUCUUUAGAAAGCAAAGGAGAAUAAGAACAAAUUGAAUUCAGCAUGGAAACUUAGUGAGACCCUAUCUCAUUCUGACAAGAUGAGGAAGCCAUUGAAAAGGAAGAAGCCUCAUAGGAAAUUAUCCACAGUAUCAAUCAGGCUUGCUCCUAGCUCAGGAAUGGUUCUGGUGCAUUAGUGUGGGAAGAUAUAUUUGCUGUCAAACAAACGAGCUAGGGACACAGACUCCUUGGCAACUGAGUCCUUUGAUUGUUUAAACAAUUUGUACAUAAAACCGAAGUGCUGGAAAGGGCAAAUGACCUGGCUUUGCUAUGGAAACUGCCUGUUCAGGGAGUUUCCCUAGCCAGUCACCUAGGCUGUCAGCACCUGUGGUUCCAGAUUCUCGGGAGGGAGAAUCCUCCCCAUAGCUGGCUCUGCUUGCUGCCAGAUCUGGGCUGUACCAGGGCAGUCUUAGCACACUUUGAGAACAAAAGGCUAUUUUGACUUUUCUUUAGAAGUAAAGAUUUCUUCCUAUCCAGUUCAUCUGAUUUCCUUAAUCUCUCCAUUUUCUCCAACAGAUGUUAUGGUUGAUAUAGGUUUUUCCACAAAUCAAAUUUUUAAAGUUAUUAAGAAUUUAGAAGCAUUCCUUAUCAGUUGUUUCAAUUUGAUGAGAAUAGAUGAAAAUGUUAUGUUUCAAAGUAGAUUAUAGAAUGCUACAGUCAAGGCUAGGGGUUAUUAGCUAGUUCAUUCUUAAAUUUUGGGAGAAAUUAGAACAGUGAGGGAUUUUAAUUGCUUCUACUUUCAAAUAUAAUUAAUUAUUUUUGGUUUUGUUUUUUUUCCCUCCAGUACAGGGACUUGAACCCAGGCUCUCUAGUCAAGUGCUCUAUCACUGAGCUAUGUC